CAAAAGAAAAAUAAAGGCACCUCAACUUUCCCUCAUUUAUGUAGGACAAUCUUAUAAUAUGCAUCCAGAUAUACUCCAAUCACACAAGCUGAAAAUUGUUCCACUUUACUGCAGUUCUGUAACCAUAUGGGAACCAAUCCUGUCUGUGUUCUGGACACAUCCAAAAUUCCUGCUGAAUGACCCGCCCUGGGAGCGAGUUACCAGUGACCCACGGCUGGGGCGGCCGGAGGGUGCAAUGGGGGAGGGGAGUGGGGGCAGCAAAAAACCUAGAGCCGGCCCUGCACUCACGUACUCAAGGAGCCAGAACAGUACAGGAGGGGCAGCAACUCUUCUUUUUUCUCUUCCAAGACAAAAGUGGAUAAAACAAAACAGAACUAUCUGCUGGUCCCUGAGAGACUUUCCAUUCUCUUCACCAUCAGUCCCAGGGAACUUUCUGACUAUGCUGACAGUGUUCCCCAACCACACCUUAUCGUUAGUACUGUUUCCACAAUACUAUUCAUAUGGAGCCCUGAAAUUGGCUGCAAGAUUUCUGAGGGUAAAGUUGCAUGGUCCAAACAUGUAGCCAAUACCCUCCUCUGCUUUUCUUUUAGUUCGAUUAGUCAUCAGCUCCAAGUUGCUUAUUAAUUCCUUGACAAGUUGAUACAAGAUUGGAGAUGAUCUUCUGCUGGGGUGGCAACACUAGGGAAAAUGACAAAUUUUCUUUGGUAUUAUUCCGCUCCUUGCCACAGCCUGUCUCGCUGAGAUUUCUUGAAAGAGGAGCUAUCUGCCUUUCCAAACAAUCAAGGCUGAACGAGGAAAUGACGGGUCAGUGAUAUAUGAGAAAGUAAUUUUAGGAGUUAUGAUUAAUCUUAUGGGAUACAAACAGCACUUUUUAAAAGCAGAGGAAAAAAAAGAGCGUGACUCAUGUCACUGCAUAAGUUUCUACUGUGCAGUUUCCGUCAUUGCAGCAGCAUAGCUGCCCUGACAGCCAGGUGAUACAGGGAGCUGGAUGAAACACAGGGAAUGCGUUUAACGUACACUGUUGCAUCCCUCUUCCAAAAAGAUCCAAUUGCGCUUUGCAGACUGUAUAUAUUAGGAUCACUCGUUGACUAUUAAAAUGACACUACAUCUGAGGCAGAAUGCAAAAUACAUUCUGCGUCAGCAACACUAUAUAACAGUUGUUAGGGAGAAAAGUAAAGCAACCUAGCUACCAUAGUGACUGGGCAUUUUAUAAUAUUCUAUCUGGGAAUGUGUCUCCAGUUGAAAUUAGAUGGAAUUUAGGCAGCAUGUAGCCAAAGUAGGAGCAGCCAGGAUAUGGGCUAAUAGAUCUACUCAUGCAAAAAGUACUAUGCAAACUUUAAUGAUUACAAGUGACAAGGAAUUUUCUUUUAUGCCCUCUCUGAGAGGUGAUACUAUUAGCAGCACAGUGUCCCAUAGCCUCACACUAGGACAGAGUUUUAAAAAAUUCUGUGGAAAGAAUACCACCUUCAGAAUUGCUAACAUCACUUAUUCCUGAGGCAUUCUUGCAGCUCUAUCCAAGUAUACUGACCAGCUCAGAUCCUGUAUAGUGUACAGCGGUUUUCAGGACAAUUUUUUGGUGGCCCCAGAGUGUGGCCACCAACUUUUGCCCAUGGCCACUCUCACUUUUUCCUAAAAUAUUUAAUUAGCUUUAGGAAAAACAAAUAAAUAUGUACAUACACAGGUCCAAAUCAUUGUCAUUUAUUUAUUGCUAGGUAGUAAGUCUGUUGUGAAAAGUGAUAUUAACAAACACACAAAUAUCAUUUUUCACAGCAAUUUACUCAGCCCUACCAAGACUGGAGACAAAUUAAGCCCCGGAUGGAGUGUCAGAGGAGUCAGCGGGAGUCUGGAACCCGAACCCCUGCAGCCAGAGCCCAAAGGUUGAGCCCCAGGUGUCUCCAGAGGGGGGUAGGUCCCAACCCUUGCUGGUGGCCUCAGCAAUCAACACCAAGGUGGGCAUCCAUGAGUAAGGGAGGGGCUGGGGGGGGAGACUACUUCCCCCCCUCUCGCCCCCCGCCAUCACAGCCCAGAUUGCUUUGGUGGCACAAAAAGCCCCUGGUGGCCAUAUUUGAGAAAUGCUGGUGUAGGAUAUCUGAUGAGGUUAUAGCACAAGGUGGAAUGGCAACUGGCUUUCUUGAGGCUGGUGAUGGAAAAAGAGAAAUUAAUGAUAACCAAGAUAAGACUAAGUAAAAGCCUAUUUUACAUAGUAUAUGUCUGGGGCUAUAUCUUUAGAAAAGCUUUAGAUUCUCUUCGUGCUCACAUUCUGUGAGGAACUGGGACUGUUCUUAAUGUGGUCUUUGAAUGCUGAGUGGGGAGUGUUGGCUGGGAAGGCCGGGGAGUGUGGCUAGGAUGAUCUGCAUUGGGGGAUGGGAGACUGCCCGUGAGGGAGAAUAUCUGAGCAUGUAACAUGAGAACCCAGGAAGGGGUUAGAGGCCAGGUGACACCUUUGCCCGGGGAAACUGAACAAAGGCUGUGGGAGAGGUCGCUGGAAGGGGAGUUUCAGAGCUGGCUGGUGGAAUGGCUGGGAGGCAGAUGGGGCUCUGACCCCCCAAGGGGCUGUGGUGCCCUGGGACCCCAAGAUGCACCUAAUUGGGGGGGAUCCUGUUGUCUGUGCCUGCAAGACCUGUCUUGGACUGUGUUCCUGUCGUCUAAAUAAACCUUCUGCUUUACUGGCUGGCUGAGAGUCAUGGUGAAUCGCAGAAAGCUGGGGGUGCAGGGCCUUGUGUCCCCCCAUACUCCAUGACACAUUCUCUUUGAUACUCUGUGCAAGGGACCAGAAUAUGGACUUUUUCAAAAGGUAAAUUCUAAACAAGUGAUACAGUGUGGGAGACUUGUCUCCUAGUCUCCAGUUUUCCUAUGCAGGCUCCCUAGUGGCAGUUCAGCAUUGAAGUGCAGGAGAAAACUGCUCGAUAAGGAUAGGUUUCAGAGUAGCAGCCGUGUUAGUCUGUAUCCUCAAAAAGAACAGGAGUACUUGUGGCACCUAAGAGACUAACACCUUAGUCUCUAAGGUGCCACAAGUACUCCUGUUCUUUUUGCUCGAUAAGGAUGACUCCUUCAGGUGGGAGGCUUGGCCCAAGAUCAGUCUUUCCCUACACUCUGUUCAGAGAAGGAGCUAGAGGUUGGUCUGCUCCUUCCUUUCCCACCCAAGAGCUGGCUAGGAGGGAGCAGGUCCCCUUGCAGUGCAUUGGUAUUGUUGUCUUUAUUAUUUGCACUGCCACUUCACAUUUUCAAAGCACUUUACAGACAUUAGCUAGAAGCCUGAAGCUAAUCAGCUUCCUUUAGCAACGACCAUCACUGUGAUAAAGAGAUACCCAUCCUUAUGCAUAUGCAGUCAACCAAACAUACAGAAGCAAAUACCAAGAAAAUGCAUGUAAUUUGCUGAUUUAGCCUUAUUUCUGUUGUCAUUCUCUAGGCAGGCAGAGACUUAAGGCUUCCAUAGAAGCCUUCCGUAGAAUCAUCUUCACAGUUUUAAAAUGUACAACUGUAUAUAACCCCAUAUAUAUAUAAAAUGAGCAAAAUAUUCCUCUUUAGGACCCCCAGUGGGCUAGCUUUCCAGCCAUCAUUUAUAAGUAUUGAUAAUGACGUGUCUUUUCACUCCAAUUUGCACAGCUAAAAUGCCCACUUCAUUUUUAUUGAAAACUGCCCACGGAUAACUAGGCGGAGAACUCCUGCUCUCUAUACCCUUUUGUGCAAUUAUUUGUAUGCAAAAUGUUGCCUUCAGGAUUCAGUGACUAUGACUCCAUCCCCAUAUUGGCAGAAGUCAGCUCUAGAAGAAGCUACAAAUCAGGUUCAAUUGAAAGCCAAAAUUUCAAGGGGUUUUCCCAGCAAGAGCUGAACCUCCUGAGUCUGCAUCAUUGGGUUGGAAAUCUUAGGGUACAUCCAGACUACCCACCGAUUUGGUGGGUAGUAAUCGAUCUAUCGGGGAUCAAUAUAUCGCGUCUCGUCUAGAUGCGAUAUAUCGAUCCCCGAACGCGCUCCCCGUCGAUUCCAGAACUCCACCAGGGCCAGCAGCGGUAGCGGAGUCGACGGGGGAGCCGCAGCUGUUGAUCCCGCGCCGUGAGGACCCAAGGUAAGUCGAAAAAAGAUACGUCGACUUCAGCUACGCUAUUCCCGAAGCUGAAGUUGUGUAUCUUACAUCGACCCCUCCCGCCCCAGUGUAGACCGGCCCUUAGUAGCACAGGCGAAAUAGUCCUCUUUAGGGCCCCCAGUGGGCUAGCACCAGCACUGGUCAGAGGGACUCCUGGCCAGUCGAGCUAAGAGAGGCGGGGGGGACUCCUGGCAAGGUCAGGGGUCAGUUCCCAGGGGGAUGGACUCUGGCCUGGAAUCACCCACCCGGCUAGGGAACAGGGUAACCAUAUUUCAGGUUCCUCAAAAGAGGACACUGGAGAGGAGGGAGCUGGAGGGGGUAUAGUUGGGUGGGCUGGAGGGAUGUGUCCGUACUGGGAGGGUUACCUGGGGGGUGCUGGAUGGGGUACCUGUGGCCGGGAUACUCACUGGAGGUAGUGUGACCAGACAGCACGUGUGAAAAAUCGGGAUGGGGACGGGGGUGGGAGGUAAAAGGAGCCUAUAUAAGAAAAAGACCCAAAAAUCGGGACUGUCCCUAUAAAAUCGGGACAUCUGGUCACCCUAACUGGAGGUGAGGGGCAGUGUUACUCCCUGUCACAGUGGCAAGAGCAAGCCCAGGACCCAGUGCCAGCCGUCAGUCAGUGACUCCCUGUGGGACCCCCUUUCCAGGGCUGGAACCGGGGUUGCAGGGGAAUGGACCAAUCAGCUGCUGCAGUUGCAGGGGAGGCACCAAUCCGGGCUCUUUCUGAGCGGCAACUGUCGGCUGCAAAAAAGGACUGGGUUUGAAAUUUAAAGUGUUGUGAUUCUCAGAGUUUUGUGCAGCUGGCUGCAGGUGGAAUCACAUGCUGCCUAAAACCGGCCCAUUGGCCUAUUCAUCCAGCCCCGCCCUCUCUCUAGCUGCAGGCCAGAGCGAGCAGAUGGCAGCUGGAGAGAGAGCCCGGGAAAGGCAGCUCUCCUUGGGCAAGGCCGCCUGCAUCCUCACCGGGGCAUCCCGGGGCUUCGGCCGGAGCCUGGCCCUGCUGCUGGCCCCGCGGCUGGAGACUGGCUCCGUCCUGAUCCCGGUGGCCCGAUCCCAGGGGGGCUUGGCCGAGCUGGAGGCUGAGCUGCGGUCCAGUUUCCCCAGCUUGAAAGUGCAUUCCGUGCAGGCUGAUCUGAGCACGGAGGACGGGCUACAGCUGGUGCUCCGAGCAGUCCAGGACAAGCUGCCGGGAGCGGCUGAUCUGGAGCGGCUCCUCGUCAUCAACAACGCGGGAUCACUUGGAGACAUUUCCAAAUCCUUUCUGGAUUUCACCAGCCCAGCCGAAGUCAACAGCUACUUUGCCUUCAAUGUCACCUCGGCGCUCUGCCUCACAUCCUCCAUCCUGAAGGCCUUCCCGGGGCGCCCUGGCUUGUGCAAGACUGUUGUGAACAUCUCUUCGCUGUGUGCCCUGAAGCCCUUCAAGAGCUGGACGUUGUACUGCACUGGGAAGGCCUCGCGGGACAUGAUGUUCCAGGUGCUGGCACUUGAAAACCCGGAGGUGAGAGUGCUCAGCUAUGCCCCAGGGCCUCUGGACACGGAAAUGCAGCAGCUGGCCCGCACGAAGUCCGCAGACCCGGAAGUGCGCGAGCAGUUCCUCCGCAUGAAGCAGAGCGGGCAGCUGCUGGACUGCAGCGUGUCCGCCCAGAAGCUAGUGACUCUGCUGCUGCAGGACACGUUCGCCUCUGGGGCACACAUAGACUUCUAUGAGCUGUAACCCGCCAGCUGCUGCUUCCCCCCGCCCCGGCGUCUGCGUCUGCAACUGAGCCACGUAUAAAAUACCCUCGGCUUUCAGAGGGAAACCAGCUACCGGACUGUGACUCGCAUUUCAAAUAUGCACCGGGCGGAGAGCGGACCGCCCAACAAGGGGGGCCUUGGCCGGUACCCGGGGGUUGCGGUAGCCCUGGGGUUGCCGAGCCAGCACUCCCCGGACAGGUCACGGGGGCAGCAGCAUGGGGUUGGGAGGAUGCGCAAACAGCGCGGUCACCCUGGCAACCGCCGCCCAGGGCGCCCCCCACUCCUAGCUGCCUGCCCGGCCCGGCAGCGCGACUCCCCCGCCUACGCGGCUCGGGCCCCAAGCUCCCCCUCCCCCGCCCCAUGUUCAGCAGCGGGCGGUGAAGGUGGCUCGUCCCCGGAGAGGGGGGGUACGCCGGGCGAAGUGACCAGUCCCCGGCCAGGGUCUCGGACUUGGCGCGGGGCAGGGCCCUCCCUGGGCAGCCGUCGCAAGGCCGCAGCCGCCUGCAGCGCUCCUCAGGCCGGGCCUCCGCCGCGGUGACCGCUGCCCCCCCCCAGCCCGGCGCGUUACCUCGCCUUGGCAGAGCCGGGUCAGAGAGAGUAGUUGUGUAAACGGGCAAGUGAAAUGUCACUGUUGUGUUAUCAGUCAUCAGGGUAAAGGAGGUGCAAGGACGUUUUGCGGCUGGGCUGGGAAAUGUUCCCGACGGGUUGCAGGGCUGGUUAACCCGGCAGCAUUCUUAGUAAGGGGGAAAGUUGACUGUCCAUUCCUGUGGCAUCAACGUUGUAUGUUUGCAAGUGAAUACCUGCUAAAAGAUACACAUAUUGUAUCAGCUACAAACUUGUGUUUCUUCUGGCUAAGUGUCACCCAAUGCUUAGAUUGUAAGUUGUUCAGGGUAGGGACUAUAUGUUAUGUUUGUACAUCACCAAGCCCACAAUGAAGCUAGAGCAUGUAGAUGGUUCUGCAAUACAAAUUGAAUAAAUCGGCUUAUCAUGGGGGGGUGCUUGGCCCUGCUGGCUUGAUGCCUUAUUCAUGGGAAAGUUGGUAUUACACCCAGAGACUAUGAUUUUAAGUUUUUACAAACUGGAAUAGAAUUUUGAUAUUAUAUUGUGCUUCUCAUAUUCAUAGUAUCUCACCUACUUUACAAAGCAAUGAAUGGGAUGCAUAUAUGCAAGAACUGUGUACAUAAACAAGAAUCAGAUGCUCA